CAUCUGACCUAACAAAACUCUGUCGCUAAGGGAGAAUUUCCUUUAAAUAAAAUAUGUAAUAAUAAGAAGUUCAUCGACUAAUUAAGUGCAAUUUAAUUUGAAGAUUAUUGAAAACAAAGAAAAUGAAAGAUCGAAAAUAUCAGUGAUGAUUGAUUAUUGAAUGUUAAAUUGACAUUUCAAGUGCAAGUUUUGAAUCUAACGGGAUUGUCACCAAAUCGAGUCAUAUAACGACAAAAUCAAGAAGAAAAAAUAGAGAAAAAUAUAAUUUUUCAUUUUUCUCAUUCCCAUUAAUCUUUAGUAUUUGUGAAAAAUGUGCUGGUAAACAUUAAUAAUAAAAGUUUGUUAUUUGGUGCUUUUUGGGGUGCACCUGAUUGUAAACAUGGCCGCCGGCGUGUUGUGUGAUGGGUGUUUGUGUGUAAUUAAAUCGAAAAAUAUUUUACUGCGAUCGUAAUUAAACGAUCAAGAAAUAUGUGCACAAAGGACCCAGGCUGGUGUCUGGGUAAGCGAUGAACGUGUUCCGGGCUUUGAUUCCGUGUGCACUGCAUCGCAGUGGGGAAAGCAGCGAAAGUGGCGGCAGUGGAAAUUGCUGGUCCACAGGAAGAGGACGAGGGGAUGUUUCUUGUAUGACCCAAAGAAUGGGAGCAUCCGCUUCUUCGAGUAUAGCCGCUGUCGGUGGUGAUCCGAUACAGGCAGCAAGGCUCUCAUCUUCUGGACAUCCCGAGCCACUUGGAAUUAUUGUCAGGGAAAGAAAAAAGAAAGUGACUGGAUUCGCCACUUUACGAAAGAAAUUCAUUAGGAGACGUAGAUCAUCAAAGGCAUGUGAUCAUGGUAGAAUAAUAAGGGAACUAGUUUCGUCAUGGAGUCCUUUGGAAGCUGGUGCUCUUUUAGAAGAAUAUGAAGCUCUAGCGGCACUCAAAGAUUUACACGUUCAGGCAGAAUUGGCCAGGCCGCCUGCGACAACUUUCAAACAAGACUUGUCAACGCUCUACGAUUUUAAGCACUGCACGGACGUGGACCUCGUCUACAGAGGCGCUUGCUUUCCAGUCCACAGAGCUUUACUCUCGGCGCGGUGCCCCUAUUUUAGAGAUUUACUGGCAGGAUGUCCUGGCUAUGGUGCUCGCAUUUGUCUGGAGCUGAGAACACCACUUUUGGAGGUUCCAAUGUUCUCGGCAUUAUUAAGAUAUUUAUAUACUGGUGAUAUAUGUCCGCAUGAUACUUCACUGGAUACAAAUCUUUUGCGUCGAUUGGGUGAUGAAUUUGGAACUCCAAAUCCACUUGAGCAUGAUCUUAGAUAUUUACUCGACACUGGUGAUUACGCUGACGCGGCAUUAGUAUUCACAUCGGAUAACGAUUACCAAAGACCAGACAGCGGAAGUUCUGAGUAUGGAUUUAGGCCAAAAUUAGAGCUGCCAUGUCAUAAAGCAAUACUUUCGGCGCGAUCGCCGUUUUUCCGUAAUCUUAUUCAAAGGCGAACGAGAUCGGGCGAGGAUCAUACUGAACGUGCACUUCAUAUACCAACGAGAAUUGUUCUCGAUGAGAGUGUUAUUCCAAAACGUUACGCGAGAGUAUUACUUCAUGCUGUUUAUCUUGACACUGUUGAUUUGUCAUUGAUUUUACGUGGCGGCGGCUGUGGAAAUAGUGCAGGAAGUCUUGGAGAGGUUCAAGCAUUAACGCACACAGGUCGAAUGCGACCGAGUCCACUCGAGGAAGCAAUGGAACUCUAUCAAAUAGGCAGAUUUCUCGAACUUGACAUUCUUUCUCAAGGCUGUGAAGAUCUUAUUUUAGAAUGGCUCACACUCGAUUCACUUCCAACUGUCCUUCGAUGGGGAAGUCAACCGCAUGGUUCAGCAUGGGUUCACAGACAAGCGCUUCAUUAUCUGAGAGAGGAAUUUCAACCGGUGGCUUCAUCGCCUAUCCUUCAUCAAUUAGAUCUUGGACACUUGUCAAACGUUCUCCAAAGUCAUUUCCUUCAGGCGAGCGAAUUGGAAGUGCUACAGGCUGUACUGAAAUGGGGUGAACAGGAACUCGUUCGACGAAUGGAGGACAGAGAACCUAAUUUACUCAGUCAUACUGUUCAUUCAGUGGCGAGAAAAGGCGUUAAGAAGAGGGAUCUCAGUGAUAUAGAAUUACGAGAAAUAUUAAGCGAACUUUUGCCCCUCGUCAGAAUGGAUCACGUUUUACCGCCAAACAGUGAAAUUCUCGCGCAGGCGAUUCGACGAGGUUUGGUUUCGACUCCGCCCAGUCAUAUGAUAGGUGAUGAACGUGAAAAUUUACGAGUGAAUGCUUGGAUACGAGGUGGGAAGAAAAAUGGACUCUUCGUGAGGCCUCGAUUAUUUAUGCCAUAUUACGAAGAGAUUAAGGCUCUAGUCGAAGAACAAAUGGUUCAAGAAGUUGAAUUAGUGAGAUUAAGAAGAGCACGUUACAUUCCUGACAUUCCUGAUACUCUUUAUAUGGUUGAUGAAAAGCCAAGGGCCAUGGGAGCUGUAGGUGUUGAUAUUUUAGCUGCCGCUCUUCCAGUUCCAGACACUGCAACAAUGUCAGCAAUGUUGAAACGAGAACAAAAGUUAAGACAAGCUCCCAGCUGUCAACGUGCGAUUAGUUUACCUCUAUCAUCUCGACACGAAAUUAAUAGACAAGUUCGACUUCGUGUUGUUCGAGAAUUCAAUUUACCAGACGCUGUUGCUGACCUUCUUGAGAAUGCGGCAUGUUAUAAUUCGGAGGAAACUGAUGAAAAUAUGUCUAAUAUUGAUAAUGAUGGCUCUCUAAAUUUAAAUAGUAAUGUCGGUGCUUCAGCAUCAGUUUGUUACGGAAGAAACAUGACAUUCCCCCGUCAAGCAUCUUCUUAUUCUCAUAGACACGAACUACCCGCUGUUGUCACUGAAGGAGAAAACUAUAGACUUUCUGGGGAGGAAAAUAAUUCGUGUAGCGAUGGUCAUUUAUCGGGAAUAAUGCCGGACGUGGCAAUGGCGACCUCAUCAUUUGGUGCUUUGCAAUUGGUUGAACCACAAGAACUCGAAUUGGAUCUCGGCGAUGGGACAUCACAUCUUUUGCAAUUGAACACAUCGUCAAUGGGUUCGGUCGUCAUUCAUCCAAUGCAUUCACACGAUCGUCAGCGACAUUUUCCCGGUCCACCACCACCGCCUUAUGUAUACCAAAAUUCAAACAGUGGUCAUCCAAGAUUCAUUUAAUUCUCAUGUAAGAAAUUGUAUAUACUGCCUAUAUAUAUUCUAUAAUUUUGUCAUACCAGGGUUAAAAAAAAAAGAAAGAAAUUUCGCGCUCGCGCUCAUGUAACAAGUAUGUGUCCGUGUGUGUCUGUAUGUUUUAGGGGAAAAAAAAGCAUGUGUGAUUAUCAUAAUAAGGCACGAUUUUUCAUUUUCUUCACGCGAUUAAUAUUUUCCAAUUUAAUUAUCGUUCAAUGGGGGAAGAAAAAAUUUAAUUUUCAAAAUCAGCUUCUAAAGCUGAAUGAAAAAUAUUAAUCACAGGUCAAAUAUUUAUGAAAAGAAAAAUAACUUGUAAAUUGUAAAAAGAUUUGAUCCACAAGUCACUCUAGUCUUUAUCAGAAAACUCGAAUCUCUAUGAAAGUCGCUUUAAAAAAGAAUUAAAAAAAAAGAUAUAUAUAUAUAUAUAUAUAUAUUAUAUAUAAAAUUGUGGAUCAAGGAUACUUUAGGGACAAAGCUCGCUUUGCAAAAUUAUUUUCAAGUUAGUAAAAUUAUUUCUUAAGAAUUGUUUUCAUUUAUAUUUGACCUUUGAUAAAUUUUAAAUCGCUAAAAAGCGAUAAUUGAUCGAAAUUAUUUUUUUUUAUUAUUGAUCAUCACGUUUCGAUAAUUAGUUCCUAAAUUAAUGAAUCGCUAUUUAAUAAAAAAAAGAGUGCAUUUUGUCUCACUCGUAGUUGCCAACAUUUUUUGUCUCUCUUAACAAUUACGGGACAAAUUUUUUGUCGAGUUUACUUUCAAAUGCCUUUAAUUGGCAAAUUAGAGAAAAAGAGAGAAAGAGAGAAAAAAGGUUUUUUUUAACUAGAAGUUCCGAAAAAAUAUAUAAAUAUAGCGUAGUAUUCAAAAUAAUACGAUAAAGCUUUGUUAUUUGUGGAAAAAUUUGUUCUAUUAAAUUUCACGGAAGUUGGAAAACUUUCAAAAAAAAAGUUAACUAUUUGUUUAUAUAAAUCUAUAUUUUGACUAUUUUGCAAAAUCGUUAAAUAUUCUAUGAAAUAUAGAAUUUUAAAUUGUUAAAUUGUAUUGAAAUUUAAUUUAAAUUCCAUUUAAUUUAAAUCGAAGAGAAAUAAUUAUUUGCCGAAAAUAUAAAUCAAGUCUAGUAGAAUUAUUCGCAAUUGAACUAUUUUAAUAUUGACUCUUAGAUAUCUAGAAUUUUUUUUCUUUUUGUCUCGAUUUCUUCUCAACUAUUUGCAGAAUCUCGCAAUAAAUCUCAGUGAUAAUUAUUUAAAAAAAAAAAAUUAAAAAGUAAGUGAAACGAUACUAAAACUUUACCACUGAAAAAUUAAGUAACAAUGUUAUAUUGCCAACGUAGAUUCAAAAUCCUAAUCAAAUAUAAUUGUACAUAAUAAUCUCGAUAAUUGUGUUUAGGGAGUUCUUUCAAGCAAAGACAUUGAAAUAAAACUAAAAAGCAAAAAAAAAAAAAAACGAAAAAAAAUAGUAAAUAAUACAUUUCCAGUUAUAUUUAACAAAUAAGCUGUGUUCUCGUGCAAAGACUGUGGAACGGAUAGUGCAGAUUUUAGUUUUUAAAAAAUAUCUCGCACGAAUGUGUUCUAUCGUGUGUGAUAAGAAACUAAACUUAAAAAAAAAAGAUGAAAAAAAAAUGAUUUAAAAAUAAAACAAUGUUCAAGUGGAGGAAAACGGACUUGUAGUCGAAAAUAAAAAAAAUAUAUUAAAUAUAAUAUUUAACGUACGGUCGUUUCCGCCACUUUUGUAGUCCAUUUGCAGUGUGAUUUAAAAACACUCUGUGUCAGAGAAAAAGAAGAAAAAAAAGGUGGCUUUUUGUAGUAAUUGAAGACUAUUACAGGAAGUCUGGACAGUAAAAAAUCGAUGCCCACACCGAAUGCAUCGUUCUUAACGGACCAAUGUAACUAGUAAUCGAUUAUAAGUUUAUACAUAAUAAUGAUGCACUAUACAGGACGUCUAGUUUGUUAGAUGCUUCGAUAAAAUUCCGUUUCUUCAUUUUUCAAUCUCUAAACUUUAAAUUAAAAUUCGUUCGAAUUCUAGAUUUUUAAAUUAUUUUUCUUUUUAGAAAUAUAAUAAUUGUCUGUGACAGUUUUGGCUCUAGAAAAUAUGUUAAUUUUGAAUAGAAAAUUUCUUUUUUCAUUUUUUUUAAAUCUAUAAAAUAUUUAAUUUAGUGAAAUUUUUUUUAUUUAUUUGUAAAUUUAAUUUUCGAAAAUAAAAAGUAAAGAAGUUGUUUUUCGAUUUAUUCGCCACAAACUGUAUCAGACAAGCUACAUUAAAAAGACUAAAAAGCCGGUGAAAAUAAAAAAGCUCUCUUUAUCCUAAUUAUCAUUUCCUCUUGGAAUUAAAAUAAUUACAAAUAGUCCAAAUAGUAUAAUAAAAAAUGGAAUAGGCCGAAACAUCUGUAAAAUUGAUUGUAAGGGCUUGGCUAAUUUCUCUACUUUCUUGUUCCUUAUUAUUACUAUUAUUAUAUUAUUAGAUUAUUAUUAUUCUAUUAUUAAUAAUUAUGUCGCUUUUUUGCGAAAGUACAAUUAAUUGUACAAUUGUUUACAUUUUUUUAUGUGUAUAUUAUGGAACGUAAAAAGAAACUUGUACAGUGUGUAACUGUUCCGUUAAAAUUUCUUUUUAUGACAAAUUUGUUGUUGAUUUUCUCUGUCGAAAAGAAAAAAAAAGAGAGAUAUAUUAUAGGAAAUUAUUCUCUCUAGAGAACUUGUAAUCACCAUCAGGAGCAAUGAUUUAAUUUCGAAAUCCGAUAUCUUUGUGUAAAAAGAACUUGAUGAAAUAUAUUAAAUUAUUAACA